AUCGACUCAGCUGGAGUUGGUUGGAGCUGACUGAUCAUCCGUAAUCUUUUUUUUUCUCAUCUGUAAUCUUUGAAGACUUCUUAUCUCUUUUAUCCAAAGAGCAGAGCAGAGGAGACAGACAAAAUGAGAUAAGGAUUUUGAAGCCUCUCACUUCUUUCCUGGCUUCUCUUUAGGCUUAUUUGUCAAGGAAAGUAGCGAUUUUUUCUCGGUUUAGUUUCUCUUGGAGAGCAAAGACGAGCUUAAAGGUGAUGGCUACGGUUAGUCCUUCUUCUAUCAGCAAAGCCGGCCUCAUUCCCGGAGCUGCUUUUACUGUAAAGAAGAAUGAUUACUCCUUCAAAUGUUGCUUCUGGCGUAAAGCUGGACAAAAACAUUAUAUACCAUCAUCAAGUCAGACACUCGUCUUGCCUCUUUCUACUUCGCUUAAACUGUUUCCUACUCAUGGAAGGCAGCUUGUGUUGAAUCCUCAUCGUAGUAGAGCCGCCACAGGGACUGAUGUUGUGGCAACAGUAGAGGAACAAGACUCUCCUCCUCCUCCUGUUGCUAAUGAUGCAGCUCCUACUACAAUAUCUCAGUCAAGGGGAACAUCAAGACCAGGAAGGAAGAGUGAGAUGCCUUCAAUUAAAAACGAGGAGCUUGUUGCUGGAGCUACCUUCACCGGUAAAGUAAGAGCCAUCCAGCCCUUUGGUGCUUUUGUUGACUUUGGUGCCUUCACUGAUGGAUUAGUCCAUGUCUCUCAACUGAGUGACACCUUUGUUAAAGAUGUCGCGAGUGUUGUCACUAUUGGGCAAGAGGUGAAAGUAAGGCUGGUGGAAGUUGACAUUGAGUCCAAACGUAUUUCUCUUACUAUGCGUGAGAAUGAUGAUCCUCCCAAACGCCAGCCCGGUGGUGGUGGUGGUAGUGAUAGUAAGCCGAGGGGUGGUGGGAAGAGGAAUGCUUCAAAGGAAGAUGGGUUCAGCUCAAAGUAUGUGAAAGGGCAGAUGUUGGAUGGGACGGUGAAGAAUCUGACUAGGUCAGGAGCGUUUAUAACUAUAGGAGAAGGUGAAGAAGGGUUUCUACCUACGAAUGAGGAAGCAGAUGAUGGGAUUGGGAGCAUGAUGAUGGGUGGUGGCUCUUCGUUGCAAGCUGGACAGGAGGUUAAGGUUCGUGUGUUGCGGAUAGCUAGAGGACGUGUUACUUUGACUAUGAAAGAGGAAGAUGAUGGCAAGUUUGACGAAACGCUUAGUCAAGGAGUUGUGCAUACAGCAACGAAUCCGUUUGUGCUUGCUUUCCGAAAGAACGAGGAGAUCGCUGCGUUUCUUGACAAGAGGGAGGAAGAAGCAGAGGAGAAACCAGUAGAGCCUGUGACUGUGACUGUGAGUGAAUCAGAAGAAGCUGUAGUAUCUGAAGAAACAAGUGAAGAGGUUGUCUCAUCAGAAACUCCCAAGAUAGAAGAAGUGAUAGAGACCAAAGCUCAAGAUGCUUCGCAGGAGUCAACACUUGGUGCAGCAGCUGAAGUUGAAGAGGUGGAAAAGAUUGAGGAAACCUCAGAUGCUCCUUCAGUUCCAGAAACCAAAAAUGAAGAGGAAGUUGCUUGAGGAGCCUUACACUAAAGAUGGCAGUGUCUUGGUAAAGGAUCUUGUGAAGUAAACUGUGGCUACUCUUGGUGAAAACAUCAAAGUCAGGAGGUUUGUCAAGUUUACUCUUGGAGAAGACAACUGAGUGAGAAAAAAAAUCAGUUUUCAAAUCAGUUUCAUUUUUUUUUUUUGUAGACAAUCUUCAGUAUUCACCACCUUUAAUUAGAGCUGUAAUUGUUUUGUUCAUGAAAUAUAAGAUUGUUCCCAUAA